CCGGAAACGGUUUGAGUAUCGUUACCGGAGUGCAGCCGACAUGAACACACGUGGAUAAUGAAGCUUAGCAAAACAGGACUUUAAAAACACCUUAAUGCACAGAGAUGGAGACGAAGAGGAAAGAGAGACGCAGCAGCGAGCGCUCGCCGUCUCUCAGAAGAAGAAGAAGACAAUGAUGGCGGCGAGCAGCAGUGACGAUGAAGACUCUGACGUGGAGAGGAACUACGCUCUGCUCACUGAGAGAGGAAGAGGAGGAGCCCAGGAGGAAGAGCGGGACCAUGGAGGAGAGGAGGAGGAAGAGUUCACUGACGACAAUGAUGAUGAUGAUGGUGAGGAGGACGAUGAAGAGGAGGACGGACACAGUGAAGCCUCUGAGGAGGAGGAUGAUGAUGAUGAUGAUGAGGAUGAUGAGGAUGAGGAUGAGGAGGAUGAAGGUCCAGAGGAUGCAGGCGGAAGCAGUGAGAUCCGGACCAGAGACGACAUUAAAAAAGAGCUGUCCAACAUGUCCUUUGAGGACAUCAUGAAGCUGCAGAGCAAAGUGGGAACCAAAGUUUACAACGAGGUGGCGUACGGCGGCGGCGGCAGCGGCGUGGAGGGAAAAAGAAACGUGAGGAGUCUGAACAAAAACAGGCCGAUGGAGGUCUCAGCCAAGAAGCCGGCUCCGUUCCUCCGUCAGGUCGUCGCCGUCAGGAAACCGACGCUGAGAGAUCCUCGAUUCGACGACCUGUCCGGAGAGUACAAACCGGAGAUCUUUGAGAAGACGUACAAGUUCAUCACCGACAUCAAACGGCGAGAGAAAGAGGUCGUCCAGAAGCAGCAGCUGAAGAAGAUAAAGACGAACGUACCGAGGAAAGAAAAGCUGCAGUUCCUCCUGAAGAGGAUGGAGAACCAGGAGCGAGCGAGGCUGAGUCGAGAGCAGCAGAGAGAGAGAGAGCUGCAGUUGAAGAGGCAGCAGAGAGAACGAGCCAAUCAGGGAGCUCGGCCGUUCUUCCUCAAGAGCUCUGAGAAGAAGAAGCUGCAGCUGGCUGAAAAAUACCAGGAGCUGAAGAAGAGCGGGAAACUGGACAACUUCCUCAACAAGAAGAGGAAGAGGAACGCCGGGAAGGACCGCAGGAAGCUGCCGAGACAGCUGCAGAGCAGCAACGCUCAGUGACACACACACACGCACGCACACACACACACACACACACACACACACACAUGCACGCACACGCACACAGAAGAAGAAGCUGGAGGAAAUAUAAGACUGUAAGGUCCUCGGCCUGCAGGAGGCGCUGUGAUCUGUCUGUUCAUGAUGUGAUGAAGGACUGACUUUCAGUUAACCCUUUGAACUCUGAGCACACUUACUUGAUUUCCUUCAAACACACACCUGAAGAGAGCGACGCGCGAUGAAAGAAACUUGGUCAGAAAUUAGAAGGGAAAAACAUGAAAAUUAGUACAAAAAUAAAA